AUGGUAGAAACAAGCACAACCACAGACACGACGCACCCUCCACCUCCUGUGCCUCUCACCUCCCAGAGUCAAGAUAAACCACCCCUCCCUUCACCUUUUCACGCCACCGAACCCUCACCGACACUGAUAACCCAAGGCGCCGAAGCCCUCCUUUACCGCACCCAUUUCCUCCAUCCAGCGCAGCCCGCCGCCCUAAAGUUCCGGCCAAGUAAAGCAUACCGACACCCGACACUCGAUGCUCGGUUGACGAAGCAGAGGGUGCUGGCCGAAGCCCGCAUUCUGGUCAAGUUGUCGGCGCUGGCGAGCGCCGCGGGGCACGAGGACGGGGUCAAAGUGCCCGCGGUGUUGAGUUUGGAGUGGGACAUCGCGCGCAAGGUCCGCGGGGUGAGUGACUCGCGGAUGGGUGUGAAGGAAACCACGAACACCACUGCAGGACAAGGGGCUUGGCUCUUGAUGGAAUGGAUCGAAGGACGCAGCGUCAAGGACUUGCUGCGCGACUGGGAUGUCUGGUACAAGUCCCUCGGCGUCAACGCCAGCCGGGAUAAUGCGCACUCGAACGAAGAUCGGUCGCGUCGGGCGGACGAGAUUGCCGGGCAAGAAGAGGCCGUGAAAAAAUUGCUGCGCCGCAUCGGCCGCGCGGUGGGAACGAUGCAUUCCAAAGGAGGUGUGGUCCAUGGGGACUUGACGAGCAGCAACAUCAUGAUCCGGCCCGCCACCCCCCCAGUGGACACGGAUGGGCAGAAGAGCGGAAUCGUUAAUGGCGAGCAUGAGGUAAGAGAGCCGAGUUUACCACCGGAGGAAGACAAGUCCGCACCGCAGCAACCGCCGGAUUUGACCGGCGAGAUUGUUCUCAUCGACUUCGGCCUCGCGACACAAUCAGUCCAGGACGAAGACAGGGCUGUGGAUCUCUAUGUGCUCGAGCGAGCAUUUGGAUCGACGCACCCGCGACAGGAGGGGUGGUUCGAUGCCGAAGUCCUACAGAGUCAAGAGGGCUACAGGGGCAGUUUCAAGGGAUCCAACGUCGUGCUUAAGAGAUUGGAGGAGGUCAGGCUGAGAGGGAGGAAGCGGAGUAUGGUUGGAUGA